AUGGAAGAGGAGCGCAGUUUGUCUCACUUGGAGCUGACGCUUGCUAACCAUCACGAUGUGCCCGCACCCAGCCUGUCUGAAAUGUCUCAGCUUCAGAGUGAGACUGAAGUGCUGGCUCAAGAAGUCAGUGAUCUUGCGCAGAGGCAACUCCAGCGGUGCAAAGACCUUCAGCAUUUGCGGGGACUGGCCUCUCUUGCGCGACUCCGGCGGCGAGCGCUCGCUGCAAAGCAGGAAGGGCAAAGCUUGGGCCAAGAGUGUGAGGCAAGGGCAAGUGAGCUGAAAGGGCACGUAGAAAACAUGGCUGCUCUGCGUCUUCGGGCGGCAUUUCUCAAGGAGGAGGCUGCCACUGCAAAGGCAGAAGCAUCAAGUGUUGCUGGAGACGCUCAGCUGAAGAUGAUGGAAGCUCUCGAGGCAGAACUUGGAGCCGAGGCUCACUCCCAGAAGAGCCUGGAGAAGGCCGAGCGCGCCGAGCGCGAGCAGAGCCUUGGGGUUUGGGGUUUCGAGCCCUUCAUGCCCGUGACCGCAUUUGCUGCACUUUCGCUGCGCCAGCUUUGUGUAAGGAGGGCAGACUCGUCGGCCAGCGAUCGGCUGUUGUACGACAGCCUGAAGCGAGAGGUUGGCCGCAUGAAGAGCGGAAAGCGCAGAAAGGUAGAUGACGCAGUACAGCGGACUCGAGUUAGCCCUGUAGGCAGCCGAAGACGAGCUAGCUUGUCUGGAUUCUCGGGCAUCCCUGUCACUGCAAGAGUUUUCGGAGCUGCUUGCUUCGUGGCGCCCCUGGUGCUGGCAGUGCCCUAUGGGACACAACUCUUUGCCAGCUCGACGCUUUUGCGCCAAUUCGUAUUGAAGCCGCUGCUCCCAUUGGUUCUGGCUUUCCACUCGUCCAGAUACGCAAAUUUCCUUUCGAUAGCGGCGAUUUAUGGCUUCAUCGCCCAGAACAGGUCCCUGCAUCCCUUCACGCGUUCCAUGGGCCGCCAGGCUUCAACGCUGAUGAUGAUGCAGUUCCCAGUCAAUUUUCUGCUCCAGUUCUUGGGAGUGACGCCGGGCCCGAUGGCGAAUUUGGCCAGGGCGACCGUCUUCUUGUACUUCAUCUACUGCGUGACCUUGGGAGUGUUUGGAUCUCUGAGAGGCUCUGCGCUCUUCAAUUCUUCUCAAAGUCCUCCCAGAGAGUCGCAGAAGACAGACAGCUGGAGCGUAGUUGAGCGUGGAUGCGUCGAGGCAACGCUGCGUCAGCAAGUACAAGACCUCAAAUCAGCUCUGCAAGAGUCGGAGGAGAGCCACGAUGCUACGCAGACUGCUGGUUGCGUGGGUGGUAUCCAGGUGUUGGUAACGCCAGCGUUUGCCGGGUCAACCCGAUUGGUGGACGGUACAAAGUUGCUCGACCACUUGAAAUCUGGAGUGGAGAGCCACUUGGUCUACCAGAUCUUGAAUCUUGAUGGUACUCGGUUGGAGUCCCUGACCCCGAAGAAGGAUACUGUCCUACUGAUUCAGCUCUCCGGAGAACAGGGCUCGCGCCGUGGCCUUGUCAUUCCUCAGCCUGCUGAACAACAUCAGGCAGGAUGGAUCUCCUUGGAGGACGCGCAGCGUGGCAAUCGAGUUCAGCCGGCCUUGGACACUGCUACGUUGCCAGGCUCGUGGGACCUGCGCGCGCGCUACACAGUCCGGAACCCCGCGACCCUGCGAGAAGGUCCUUUGAUAAGCUCUGGCUGGGUCAGCGAGUUGAAAGUGGGUGCUGAGGUCCUGCUUUUGGACUUUGACGUCAUCGCUGGGAACAGCGGUGAGAAGGCCAGACUCCGGGCACUCGUGAGUUCUGAAGACAAGAUUGGCUGGAUGAGUCCCGAAACGGGGGACGGCGACCAGCUGCUGGAGCCAGUGAACCUGCUGAGCUGCAAGGUUGUCGAAUUGCACCGGCAAUCCCUCAGACAGUCUUCAUCAGGUCUCAAGAAAUCGUACCAGCAAGGCGGCAACUGUCCCUGGGAGGUUGGCGCCACUUAUCGGAUGCUGGAAAAGUCCGUGGUGCGGCUUGGGCCGGACUUGAAGAGUCAAGAAGGCUUCAAGGUCUCUUCUGGUAGUCUCGUUAUGGUCAAGGACAUAAACAACGUUGAGGUUGCUGGGGGAUGGUGUCCCGUGGCUUUCGUCAAUGUGGAGGACGGUCCCGAGCGAGGCCGAACGGGAUGGGUGAGAUGUACCGCGAAGCAGGGCCACGACGUUAUGGAUACGCGUGACCACCGAGAGUACGAGAAGAUCAUUCAAAGAAUGCGGGAGUCUGCAGGAGAGGAUUUGCCAUCAAAUGCUAGCCCUGCGGCCAUUCAGGCUGCCGUGAUCUUGCGAUUAAGGCAGGCGGAAGAGGCCAAGAGAGAGGAUGAUGCGGCCGCUUCUUCCGGCCCACAGGACACGGAUGGGCUGGUGCAGCAGGAGAGAGAGGAUUGGGGACAUGAGGAG